CCAAGGAUUACUUCAGAAGAGCAGCGCGAUCUGACGAUCAUUAUCCAAAGGAUGAUAAUGUGUAACACGGCCAUAAAUGAGUUUCCUGUGACAGACUGUGACUCACCCUCCUCAAAAUAAAGGCUUAUACUCUUAUCUGAGUUUCUGUUUAGUCUCUUGAGAAGUUCUUUAAGGUAAAGACCCCAAUUUCCUUUUUAUUACACUGCAAACCAUUACUACUGGCAUUUCUGUGUGGAGUUUGCAUGUUCUCCCCAUGUUGGCGUGGGUUUCCUCCGAGUGCUCCGGUUUCCCCACAGUCCAGUUGCUGUUUCCAGAACAUUUCCUGUGACAGACUGUGACUCCCCCUCCUCAAAAUAAAGGCUUAUACUCUUAUCUGAGUUUCUGUUUAGUCUCUUGAGAAGUUCUUUAAGGUUACCUCAGGUGAAACUAAGAAUGUUUUCUGCAGAUUUCCUUGUGUUCUGCUCCAUUUUAUCAGCUGCAUGGUGUCAGUCUGUACAGAUUCCCAAAACCCUAAACACAACCAGCGGCUCCUGUGUCCUGAUUCCCUGCCAGAUGACCACUUUGAGAGAAUCUGUACUGGACAACUCACCAGUAGUAUCAUGGAGGCGAGGAUCCCUGUGGAAAUACUACGAUACAAAUUACUUCACCAGCACUCAUCGUCAGAAGGAACCUGAGACGAGGGUGAUCGGCGACCUGAGGAAGAAAAACUGCACUUCUGUCAUGAGAAAUCUCACCAGUCAGCAUUCAGACCGUUACUUCUUCAGGAUACAAACUACAGAUUACACCUUUACUGACAAUAAAGCUGUGCGGAUAACUGUGUCAGAUUCUUUGCCUGAGCCGAAUGUGAUUGUGCCGGUUCUCAGAGAGGGAGAGUUGGCGAAUCUGACCUGCACUGUUCCGGCUCCUUGUCCAAGUCUCCCUCCAAAUGUAACGUGGGCUCCUGUAUUAAGUGGAAACAUAACACAGGGGACAUGGCUGAACGCUGAUGGGACUCAGAGUGCUUUUGCCAUUUGGGAGUUUGUCCCGUCGUUCACGCAUCAUGAGCUGAAAGUGAACUGUGCUUCCAUUCAUCCUGUAGACGGAGGAGACAAACAAGCCUCAAAACAAGUCAUCCUCAGCGUAGAGUAUCCUCCAAAGGAAACACGCUUCUCUCCUCCAGGUUUGGUCUGGCUUGGUGAUAAUUUGACCCUCACCUGUCAGAGUAACGCCAAUCCUCCAGCAGAUCACAGUUGGUUCAUGAAGAGGGAAGGUGUUGAAGAAAAACUGGGAGAUUCACCUGUGCUUUCUUUCAUUGCGACCCAGGAGAAAACUGGAGAGUACAUUUGUGAGGCGCAGAAUAUACAGGGCGCAAUGAACUCCACAAGCCUGCACAUUAAUAUUAAAGGCAUAUCCUUCACCACCUUCCUCUCAAUCUUAGUACUGUUAUCAGUACUUAUUUUCUUACUUUUUUUAAUUCUCAUAAUUCACAGAAGGUGUAAAGCACCACACAGACAAGAAACAACCCAAGUUGAGAAUAUCUAUGCCAAUUCAAGUGCAGUGAAAAGCCAGCAGCUUCAGCCUAACAACGACAUCUACAACAUUAAGCCUGAAUUUACAUUUGAAAAGAGUCAGGAUGACAGAAACAUCUAUGUAAACUACUGAAGUGUGAACUGGAACAUUUCACCCGUUCAUGAAUCACCAUCUGUUUAUCAGUAGCGAAUAAUAUUAAUAAGCAUCAGCAUGUGUUCGCUUCCCUUUGAUCAUGUUUAAAACUAAAUCUACUGUAUGCUUACUUUUUUUAAAGAACAGACUCUCCAGGACUAACCCUGAAUCUAUACUCAACUACUGUAUACUUCUGUUUUUACUUUUGUACUACAGCUACUGUAUAUUUACUUAAUUAAGGAAUUUAAGAUUAAGAGUGCUUGCUGAAAACUUUUUUAUUGUACGUAUGCUAUUAAAAAUGAAGGGAAACAAAGAACCACCUUUGUCUUUUUGUGAGGGAUAUUAAAAAACACUGUAACGGUUCCUUUGUGAAAUGUAACGUUUCCAUCGAUAUUAAAGGGCAGGGUGUUUUCACACCUCUAGUUUGAAAAAAGUCAGGAAAGUG